UUAGCUUAGGAGUGGACAGAAACUAAGAUGAGUUAGUGCUUUAAUUUCCAGAUCAUGUCUGCGGUUUACAAUUACGAGACGAAAUGAGGAUUUUAAAAGGCCAUUCUCUUGGGUCGGACACAACAAACAGCCUGAUGUGGUGUAGAUCCACAUCUGCCUUGGCCUGUCGUCCCGAAUCAGAUUCUUCUUCUUCCUUCUUUUUUAACGGCGUCUCUAAUCCAGUAGGGACGACCUCUUGUUAUGGAUGUUGGCCAUCCUGCUGAUCCUCUUCUGCUUCUUGGAUGUGUGGUACUACCUUCGCUUUGCGGCCGUCCUACUCCGAGCCUGGUUUCUCUCUCCGGUGUUUGACAUCACGGCGGAGCAGGCCCUCGGAGGCCACGUGCUUCUCCACGACAUCGACAUGUGCCACAUGAACAACGCACGCUACCUGCGCGAGUGCGACUUCUCCCGCAUCUCCCUGUACGCCCGAAACGGCGUCCUGAAGGCCACGAGGGCCCUGGGGGCCACCAUGGUGGUGGGCGCCACCACCGUGCGCUACAGACGGCCCCUGUGCGUGGGCGAAAAGUUCGAGCUGCGCACGCGUAUCGUCACAUGGGACGAGAAGGCGUUCUAUCUCGAGCAGCGCUUCGUGUCCAAUAAGGAUGGAAUGGUGGCAGCCGUGAUGUUCUGCAAACAGAACGUGGUGCGGAGCAGCCCAGAUAAAAUCCUCCAGCACCUCUGCAAGAGGAAGGUUGAAGUUCCCGAGUUUCCAGAGGAGCUGCAGCACUGGAUCAGCUUCAUAACAGCAAGCAGCCAGGCUUUAAAGGCCGAGAGCGGACUGGAGAAGAAAGGCGAAUGAGGAUCGACACAAGUCUGUGAUCUUUUACGAAACAACAACCACCAUGUUUACCUGCUAAAGGUUUUAAUAAACACAUGGGACAUGCAUCUGGUGUUAAUUUAAACUGGAAUGUGAUUCAAUGAAUCGUUUAUAUGUGAAUCGGUUGAAUCACACAGCUUAAAUAUUUUGUGCCGAUUGUUGCUACAGUGUAUUUUUCAUUUUUCAACAUUAUAUGUUGCUGGAACUAAGCAUUUAACUUUUUAGCAACCAAACAAAGUGAAUCACUGGUUAUCGUCACCAGGACGUCAUUGUAAACGUCACUGGUGUGUUUUCACAGUGUUUCCGUUAUUUUCUGAUGAAGAAUAAAACAGUCCUGACUAAUGGUCUGGCACAUUUUA